AAGAUGAUACCGGUGAUCGUGCACUUGUAGUGAAGUCGGAUCAAGUUGCCGCCGUGCGCGUGUCAACGUUUAUGGAGAACGUUGAAGAGAUUAUUGAGCAGAAUAAGGCCCUGAUUUUUCCGAUCAGAGAUAAAACAUACCGACAGCGCAUUGCCACAUCCACUGCGGAAGAUGGCCGGUAAACGGCCAGUGUACUCGAUUCCAGUUAUUGUUUUCCUGGACGAUGUCUCCGGAAACCAGUCAAAACAGUGGAAUGAACACUUCUCGUGUUAUAUGUCAACUGGUGCCCUGCCACGCGAGAAACUAUCAGAAGAGUUUCAUGUGCGGUUCAUAGCAACGUCCCCACAUGCAACGCCUCUCGAGAUGAUGCAGGGCAUCCGAACAUCAAUGGAGAAGACAUUUCAGAACCCGGUCGAAGCUUACGAUUGCGAAACAAAAGAGGAGGUCCUCUUACAAGUUUACCCAUUACUCUUUGCUGGUGAUAACCCCAUGCAGUCCGAGCUCUGCAGCUGUGCAGGCCUCAAUGCCAAUCACUUCUGCAGAACUUGCAUGUGCGGUGGGACUCAGGAGUACAAAAGGUCGGAUGAGGGUUUUAAGAGUUUUUUCAUGCUUGCUGAAGCAUCCCGAAGCACCGGCAUCAAGGACCAUCUGGCACAGCCAAUUCUUGACUCCAUUGUCAAGAUCGGCCAAGAUUUACGCAAGGCUACUCCUGACCGAGCUGCUGUGACACCUGAUGUCUCACUAACUGAAACAGGUGUUGACAUUCAUAAGGAUACACCGACAGAAAUCUUACAUACAAUUCUUCUCGGAGUUGUUAAGUAUUUCUGGGCGCAAACAACGACCCUGCUUGAAAAAGAUAAGAAGCUAGGUGUUUUCCAGUCUCGACUCCAUUCUGUCGAGGAGUCUGGCCUCAAUAUCCCAAAGCUCUCGGCAGAAUACAUGUGCCAGUACAAAGGUGGUUUGAUCGGAAAACAUUUCAAGUGCUUAUCUCAGGUUAUGGCCUUUGCGGUGCAUGGCUUGGUCCCACAGGACGUCCUCGAUGCUUGGAUAGUGACUGGCAGGAUGGUGGUCCUUCUUUGGCACACGGAGAUUGAGAAUAUUGACGAUUACUCACGUGAUUUGAAUCAAAUUAUCUCCAAUUUUCUGCAUAUAACCGCCAAAUGCAGUCCAUCCAUAAUUAUAUCAAAACCAAAGUUCCAUUUUCUGAUUCAUCUCGUCUUCUAUAUUCGGCGCUUCGGUCCUGCGCUUCUAUUCUCUACCGAACGCUACGAGUCUUAUAAUGCAGUCUUCCGAGCAGCCUCCAUUCACAGCAACCACCAAGCUCCCAAUCGAGACAUUGUAUAGUGCUUUGCUGGCAUGGAUGUCAUCAAGCACAUUG